CUGGUAGACACACUCGGGUGCAUUCACACAUUCACGCACUGACACGGACACACGCGCUCCAACACCACGACCUGCUCUGCCAUCACACGAGCGCAGCCUUCCUCCCCGCACCUGUGCACUCACACGCUCACCUGCGCUCACACGCUCACCUGCGCUCAGACGCUCACCUGCGCACCCCUCUCCUGCUGUCCCACGCAACGGCCCUCCGCUGGAACCGACCCACAGAGCACCGGGGACUGACCUGGGAACAGUGCUGGACUGACAGGGUGAAAAACUGACCCCCGUGGCUGCUGGACCUCACAGUUCCACUCACAAGGGUACCUCCGGUUGGCUUCUUCAUCACGUGGAGCAGCGAAGAGGAACAGGCAGGCUGGCCCCAACAGUUUCAUUGGCUGUAAUCUGCGUUUUGCAUGGACUAUUUCCUGUCGCCUGAGAGGUGGACAGACAGAGCCGAGAAGAACCACCCUUGGGCGCGACGAGGGUACCUGAGAGAGAGGGGCAGAGGUAGCGGGACCAGAAUCAGAACCAGAUCAUCCAGACCCGCUCCGUCAUGGCGUCCACCGGCCUGCAGCUCCUGGGCUUGGUCCUGGCCCUGGUGGGCUGGGUGGGCGGGGUCAUGGUGUGCGCCGUCCCUCUGUGGCGGGUCACCGCCUUCAUCGGGAACAACAUCGUGACGGCGCAGAUCAUCUGGGAGGGGCUGUGGAUGAGCUGCAUCGUGCAGAGCACAGGCCAGAUCCAGUGCAAGGUGUACGACAGCCUGCUGGCGCUGCCCAGCGACAUGCAGGCGGCGCGGGGGCUGUCCAUGCUGUCCGUGCUGCUCAGCGGCCUGGCCUUCGCCCUGGGCGUGCUGGGCGUCAAAUGCACCAAGUGCCUGGGGCGGCAGCACCUGAAGGCGCGCAUCAGCCGGGUUUCGGGGAUCCUCUUCGUCCUGGCGGGGUUCCUCUACCUGGUGCCCGUCUGCUGGACCGCCCACUCCAUCAUCCGGGACUUCUACGACCCCCACGUGGCCGCCCCGCACAAGCGCGAGCUGGGCCCUGCCCUCUACCUGGGCUGGGGGGCGUCGGGGCUGCUGCUGGUGGGCGGGGCCCUGCUAUACUCCGGUUCGAGCCCGCCGGGAGCACCUUCCUCGCCCACCUUCAGCGGGAGCAGCGAGAGCAGCCCCCGCAGGGUGCCGGGCGGGGCUGCCCAGGUGAAGGGGUACGUGUGAGCACCCCCCCCCCACGCCCCUCCACACCAUCACUGCACGCCUCGCCCUGACACGCCCAGGUCCUGGGAACGCCCGACUGGGCGGGGCGUCUCACCCUCAGCCUGCUUAAUAAUGUCAUUUCCUGUUUCAUAUUUCCAGUCGCUCUCCAGGCCGUCGUCUGUGAGAGAGGGUGUGAAGAAAAAUGUGAACUUGUUUUUUUUGGUUUGUUUGUCUGUUUGUUUA